AAGCGCGAAAACUUCCCUCUGUAGAAGCUUAAAAACCCCAAUGCGACCAUGGAUACCGUGCUCAGUCACUGGCAGGCAAUCAUAAAGUUAACAUGAAGCCUGAAUGUCCCAUCGGGCUUGUGCUGCUGUGCUGCAUUGCUUCGGUUUUACCUGCUGCUAUUGAUCAUUCAAUUCACGAUCGCGAGGCAAAUGUCCCGGCGCCUGAUUAUGGGAGCGUUACUACGCCAGUGAAGGAUGAAUUGGUGGAUGAACGUAGUCGGCCUUAUAUUGUACAGUCGGGGCAGGGUGUACCUCCACCUAUUCCUCAACCACCUGGAGUUAAUCCACCACCGCCAUAUGGUGGUCCAACUGCAUUUGGUUCAGGGGGAUCAGCCUAUCAUGGCCCCGUUGAAAUUCGUGAGGAAGUUACUACAAAUCUGGAGUGCCUAAAGACCUACAUGAAUGUCUACUUCAAGUUUUCAAAACCGUUCACUGGUUACAUCUACCCACAUGGUUUCUUUGACAAGUGCAUCCUGUUUCUUGGUCAUGGAGAGAGGGAAGUAAAGCUCACACUGAGCCAAGAUAUCUGUGGAGCCCCUCCACCACCAAUGGUUCCUGGAUAUUCACAGCGAACUAAUCCCUUUAUUGAGCACCGGCUGAUGAUUCAGUGGGAUACUGACCUCGUCCAGGAGUACGAUACUAACAUUCUCAUCCGUUGCGAUCGACCAGAAGAUUACAAUCGGACCAUCAAAUUUGAUUUGUCUUCUGUUGUUGGGGAAAAGAAUGAAGCUAUCGUCCGAACACACCCUGGACCGAAAUUGUGGAUGGAGAUUCAGGAUGGAGAGGGACCCAGGGCUCCACCUGUUCUAGGUCCUGUUUAUUUGGGCCAAAUGCUCUCUUUGGUUUUUACUUUGGGCGAUGACGUCUUCAAUUUCGAUUCAAAUGUGCUUCGUUGCUGGGCGACUGAUGGUAAAACUACUCAAGCGCUCACUCCCUACGUCGAUCCAAACCAAGGGGUUGCUCCAGCACGUCCUCUAGUUACGCAACUUCAAGUGAUUGAGGCGUCUUGCUCUGUGAAGCCAAAGCUGUUUGGAAAUUUCCAAAAAGUCCGGGAAUCUGAGCCUAAUUUGAAAACCACAACCGAAUGGGUUCUCUUCAAAGCCUUUAGAUUUCCUACUAGCGCCCGGGUAUUGAUUCAAUGCGAUAUUCAAGUUUGUUUCGAGAAAUGCCAACCUCAGAUUCCUUGCGAUUUACCUUACAACUCCCGAACAGCGAGUCGAAAACGUCGUGCGGCUGAUAUGAACUCGAGCAAUAGUACAGAAGUAAACCCGGAAAUGUUAUCCAUGUAUCGAGCAAUUGAAGUCUACCUUCCUAAAGAUGAAGACAAUAUGCCUAUGGCUGUAGUGAAUGGAUCUGCCGACAUGCUUUCCCGGAUGCUGAUGCCCCGAACGGAUUGUCUAUCAUCUUCGACAUUUUAUGGCGUUAUCCUGGGAUUGGGCAUCGCUCUUCUGAUCAUCAUAGCAGUUGUUGCCGUAUACGUUCAGCGGCAGGUCAAGCAAAACCGAUCUUCAAAGUAAAAAUAAUGCACACUUCUUGGCAUGUGGUUAAUGUUUGUCAGAUAUAUAUAUUUAUCGAAGUUA